CCCAGUCCAAGGCCAGCAUGUCACUGCAGAGGAUUGUACGUGUGUCCCUGGAGCAUCCCACCAGUGCUGUGUGCGUGGCUGGCGUGGAGACUGUCGUGGACAUAUAUGGAUCGGUUCCCGAGGGCACAGACAUGUUCGAGGUCUACGGGACCCCUGGGGUGGACAUCUACAUCUCCCCCGGCACGGAGAGGAGCCGGGACCAGCGUGCAGACACCAGGCGGUGGGACUUUGAUGAGGGCUUGGAGAUCAUCGUGGUCAUGAACUCCCCCAGCAACGACCUCAAUGACAGUCAUGUGCAGAUUUCCUACCACUCCAGCCGAGAGUCUCUGCCCCUGGCCUACGCCGUGCUCUACCUAACCUGUGUGGACAUUGCCCUGGAUUGCGACCUGAACUAUGAGGGCAGGGAGGACAGGAACUCUGUGGACAAGAAGCAGUGGGUCUGGGGGCCUGGUGGGUAUGGAGCCAUCUUGCUGGUGAAUUGUGACAGGGACGAUCUGGACUGUGAUGUCCCGGACAACCGUGACCAGCAUGUGCGAUGCCUGCAAGAUCUGGAAGACAUGUCCGUCAUGGUCCUGCAGACCCAGGGUCCAGCAGCCCUCUUUGAUGACCACAAACUCGUGCUCCACACCUCCAGUUUUGAUGCCCAGCGGGCACGGGUUUUCCACAUGUGUGGCCCCAAGGACUCCUGGAAGGCCUACAAGUGCGUGCUGGGCCAGGACAAGGUGUCGUAUGAGGUGCCCCGUCUCCACGGGAAUGAGGAGCACUUCUUCAUAGAGGGCCUCUCCUUCCCUGAUGCUGGCUUCCAAGGGCUUGUCUCCUUCCAUGUCACCCUGCUGGAUGACUCCAACGAGGACUUCUCUGAGACCCCGAUCUUCACCGACACUGUGGUGUUCCGGGUGGCACCCUGGAUCAUGACACCCAGCACCCUGCCGCCCCUGGAGGUAUAUGUGUGCCGUGUGAGGAACAACACGCGUUUCGUGGAAGCUGUGGAGGAGCUGGCGAGUCGGGCAGGCUGCAAACUGACCAUCUGCCCACAGACCGAGAACCGCAAUGACCGCUGGAUCCAGGAUGAGAUGGAGCUGGGCUACGUUGAGGCACCGCACAAAACCUUCCCAGUUGUCUUCGACUCCCCAAGGAACGGGGAGCUGCAGGAGUUCCCUUACAAAAGGAUCCUGGGUGUAGAUUUUGGCUACGUGACUCGGGAACCACGGGACAAGUCCGUGAGCGGCCUGGACUCCUUUGGGAACCUGGAGGUCAGCCCCCCAGUUGUGGCCAACGGAAAAGAGUACCCUCUGGGGCGGAUCCUCAUCGGGGGCAACCUGCCUGGGUCGAAGGGCCGCAGGGUAACCCAGGUGGUUCGGAAGUUCCUCCAUGCCCAGAAGGUGCAGCCACCCGUGGAGCUCUUCGUGGACUGGCUGGCCGUGGGGCAUGUGGAUGAGUUCCUGAGCUUUGUCCCUGCCCCAGAUGGAAAGGGCUUCCGGAUGCUCCUGGCCAGUCCCUCCGACUGCUUCCGGCUCUUCCAGGAGAAGCAGAAAUGGGGUCAUGGCAGGGCCCUCCUCUUCCAGGGAGUUAUCAGUGACAGGCGGGUCAGGACCAUCUCCAUUGACCAGGUCCUUUCCAAUGGAAACCUCAUCAGCUUUAAUAAGUUUGUGCAGAGCUGCAUUGACUGGAAUCGUGAGGUGCUGAAGCGGGAGCUGGGCCUGGCGGACCGUGACAUCAUCGACAUCCCGCAGCUCUUCAAGUCCGAGCAGAGAAAGGCAAUGGCCUUCUUCCCUGACUUGGUGAACAUGCUGGUGCUGGGCAAGUACCUGGGCAUCCCCAAGCCCUUUGGGCCGGUCAUCAACGGCCGCUGCUGCCUAGAGGAGAAGGUACGCUCACUGCUGGAGCCACUAGGCCUUCACUGCACCUUCAUUGAUGACUUCACCCCAUACCACCUGCUGCACGGGGAGGUGCACUGUGGCACCAAUGUGCGCCGGAAGCCCUUUGACUUCAAGUGGUGGAACAUGGUGCCCUGAGCCUGCUCCUGCCCACUUCCUCCCUGGGUGGGGAAUGGGAGGCUGGCCUCUGAAUAGUGAGCAUCUAGAGACCCCCAGGUUCCAGACAGAAUGCUGAGGAUGACUGUCCCCUCAGAAGCCUCUUCCCUACAAGGGUCCAUGCCCCACCUGCAACCUGUUUGGCUCCCCAACAGGAAUCCUCUUGGCCUCCUGUAAAGGACUUCAUUUCUUGUGCCCUCCCAUGUGGAUUAACAUAAUCCAUGGUAACUCCCCUAAUCCCUUUUCUCAACACCCUAAACCUUCUAUUUGGCACCAAGUUCACUUUGGGGUCUAGAAACAUCCUUCUCAUCAGCCCUCUUGUCCUGCACGUGCUCACCGAGGAAGACCCUGGAUUUUGCUUUGGCCUGGUUGCCUCCUGCCCUUCAGGGGAGACCCUAGAGUCACACCGCUCUACACAGACAGGGUGGAGCUGCAGGUCCAUGUCCAAAGCCCCUCUGUGCCCCCUGCCUGAGCCUUCACAUGGUCGAUGCCAGUCGAUGGGCUUGGAUGCAAUGACAGUUGUAUCUUAACCUUACAAACUCCUCCAUCUGACAUUCAGAAAGCCGGCUUUGUCCAAAAUCCUCCUGGAAUUUCUUGGAGGUGAGAGGAUCUGGGGAUGUUGGAGAUUCAGAGGCCUGGGUCCAAGGAUGAAAAGUGCCUCUCAUAUCGCACAGAGUUGACCCUGGUGACCACGUUGUGCAAGAGGGGAGAGCCUGACAGACAUGGCCCUCAGCCUUCUGUUGACACCCUGCCACACUACAGAGCCAGGAGACAGCUCUAGAGGGGACAGCAUUGGGAAUGAACCUGUUCCAAGCGCAGAGGGUGGGCAAGACGUGUGUCAGCUAUGUGUGUUCUGUGAGGGUCCAGCUGGGUUUC